UAUACUUAUAGGCGCCCGGCCAGCGCUUAUUUUCGUCUCUUCCUUCCUUCUCCCACCUCGACCUUGCAAUUACACGAAGAAAUGUCUGCGUCCCAGUCUCGCUUCAUCCCGAACCCCAAGACCGCGGCCAUCGUCGGAUGCCCCUUCAUGGGCGGCCAGGGCAAGCCCGGUGUGGACAAGGGACCCAUUCAUCUCGUCGAAGCAGGCCUCAUAGAUCAGCUCACUGAGUUGGGAUGGAAGGUCAAGUUCGAUGGCCACCACCAGUUUGAGAGCAUCAACGCUGCCAGCGAUCCGCCCAUCGGCAAGCUCAAGAACCCGCGUCUUGUGUCGCGUGUCUGCGAGUCCGUGGCCAAGGUCGUCGGCGAACACGUCAAGGCGGGCGAGCUUCCCGUGACUCUCGGAGGCGACCACAGCUUGGCUAUGGGCACCAUCUCAGGCACUUUGAGCACCCACCCAGAUGCCUGCGUCGUCUGGAUAGACGCCCAUGCAGACAUCAACACCCCGGACACCACCGACUCUGGCAACAUCCACGGCAUGCCCGUCUCCUUCCUCCUCGGCAUCGGCAGCAAGGUCCCCGAAUUCGCCUGGGUCAAGCCCCUCCUCAAAGCCAACCGCCUCGUGUACAUCGGCCUCCGCGACGUCGACGCCGGCGAGAAGAAGAUCCUCAAGGACAACAACAUCAAAGCCUUCUCCAUGCACGAGGUCGACAAGUACGGCAUCGGCAAGGUCGUCGAGAUGGCGCUCGACCACGUCAACCCGAGCCGGGAUCGGCCUAUCCAUUUGAGCUUCGACGUGGACGCGCUGGACCCGACUGUGACGCCGUCGACGGGUACGCCGGUGCGUGGGGGGUUGACUUUCCGCGAGGGGCACUACAUUUGCGAGGCGGUUUAUGAGACUGGCCUGCUUGUCGCGCUGGAUAUCAUGGAGGUGAACCCGUCUCUCGCGGACCCCGAGGGUGUGAAGGCGACUGUCGCCGUUGGGUGCUCGCUCGCGCGUGCUGCGCUUGGAGAGACGCUUUUGUAGACGUUUCCCCCUCUUCUGAUUAUGGGACUAAGAAUUGACCUAUGUAGCUUUGUACUAUCCUUGUAUCGUAGUCAGCCGCUGUCUUCUGUCGUCCCUAGAGGGCACACAAUGUAUAAAUAAUCUCGUCGUCUCUUC